AACUCCCUGAUUUCAAACAAGCACGGGCUAAGCAAACACCCUAAACAGAGGCACAGUGGUUAUUUCCUAUGACAGAGAAAGAGGGUAAGAGAAAAAAGAUGGAUGCCAUGCGGAAGCAGCUCGAUGUGCUGAUGGGCGCGAACCGCAAUGGCGACGUAAGAAAGGUGAAUAGGAAGUACUACGACCGUGAUGUCUGCCGCCUCUACUUGUCAGGCCUUUGCCCUCACGAGCUCUUCUAAGCAACGUGAAAACAAAACUAAAACACCGUUUAAUUGUAAUUAAGAUGGACAACAUAGUUGAUUCACAAAUCACAUCUCUUUUUUGAAUGAAGAUACACAACAAAUUCAAAUGCUCUCUUUCACACAAUAAAACAAACACAACAAGAAAAAUAAAAUGAAAUGGUCUCUAGUGGUUUCCAGAAUUAACCACUUGAUAAUAUCAUAUCAUGUCACACACAAUUUUUAGAAAUUGAAAUGUUCUUUUGGAUGUCAAAGCAAUGUGAAAACUUGGUAACAUAAGCGCACCAUUAAAACCUACAAAGAAAUAAGAAAUCAUCAUUAAUACAUAUAAAUAAUUAUG